AUGAAGUCAUCGAAAAAAUCUAAUGCUUGUGAGCUGCAUCUGUUUUUGGAGGUGCUUCAUCCUCUUCGUGUGCGCAAUAUGAUUAGCAAAGAUGACAUAUUGGUGUUCCUAAAGCUGUAUGACCCAGGUCAAAGACAGCUACGAUAUGUCGGCACACUCUUUGUCAAAGCUUCGUCAAGGCCUUCAUGUAUUCUUCCAAAGCUAAGAACUCUAGCUGGUUUUCAUGCAUACGAAGAAAUUGAAUUGUAUGAGGAAAUAAAAUUCGAACCGACGUUGAUGUGUGAGAGGAUUGACAUUAAUGUUACCUUUAGGUCUAGUCAGAUUGAAAAUGGGGACAUUAUUUGCUACCAGAAAGCGGCCAACUCAGAGGACAAAUAUCCUAAUGUUGAAUUGUUCUUCAAGCAUGUUCUUGGUCAGAAGGAUCCACAAAUAAGGAUACAGGCUCUAGAAGAGGAGGUUGCUGCUAUGUUAAAAAAUCAGGUUCGUCGUGAAAAGGACGCAAAAAAAGAAUGUGAUGAGUUGAAACAGGAACGAGAUAAUGCACUGCGACAGGUCGAUGAGUUACGUGAUCAGAACAGGCAUAUUAUUCUCGAGUUCUCCCUUGAGGACUUGGAACAAGCGACAGAGAAUUUCAGUGAUGUGUGCAAGGUUGGAGACACCGAAUAUGGGCGCGUAUACAAAGGCAUAGUACAUAAGACCAUGGUGGCAAUCAAGCUAUCAUGUUCCCAAAGCUUAUUUCAACAGGAGGUUUCUAUUCUUAAAAAAUGUAGACAUCCAAACAUAGUCACCAUUAUUGGAAUAUGCUCAGAAGCCUCUGCUCUAGUAUACGAGUGGUUACCGAAUGGAAACCUUGAAGACUGCAUUGUUAGCUCAAAUAACUCCCCACCUCUGCCAUGGUGCAAACGUACACAAAUCAUUGGUGACGUUUGCUGCACGCUGCUAUUCCUUCGUGCAAAUAAACCCAGUGCUUUGGUCCAUGGCGAUCUCCGGCCUUGCAACAUCCUCAUUGAUGCCAAUUACAGAAGCAAGCUUUGCAACUUUGGUAUGUCCAACCUGUUUCUUGCGCCUGGAGCGUUCCCACCAAACCUCAAUGUGAGGCUGCCAUACAUGGACCCGGAAUUUCUCACCACGGGGGAGCUCACGCCACAAUCUGAUAUCUACUCACUGGGUGUCAUUAUCCUGCGUCUCUUGACUGGAAUGUCUCCACUGUCUAUAGCAAAGAAAGUGGCGUCAGCUCUGGAGAGUGACAGCUUGCAUCUGAUGAUAGAUAAAUCAGCUGGGGACUGGCCCUACACGCAGGCCAAGCAGUUAGCAGUCCUCGGUCUGAGCUGCGUGGAAAUGACACCGGAGAAACGUCCUGAUCUGUUAACACAGGUUUGGAAAGUCAUUGAGCCCAUGGCCACGAGGCCUCUUGUGGCUUACUUCCAAUCAGCCUCUGGAGGAAGCUCUGCACCGGCUCACUUCUGCUGUCCAAUUCGCAUGGAGAUCAUGAAGGAUCCUCAAGUGGCAUCUGAUGGAUUCACCUAUGAAUCAGGAGCCAUAAGGCAAUGGCUUGAUAGUGGGAACAGGACAUUUGAGGCUGAGACCAACAUGGAUGAUGAUGAUGAUGAUAUUUCUCUUGAUUCGGAAGAAGAAGAUGAUGAUGGAGACAAAGAGGGAGUGGAACAAAUUGUUGAGAAUGCACUUGAGGAGGAAGAGGAUAUAAAUGAGGAAGAGGGUGGGGGAUGA